GCGAACGCCUCGAAGCUAAGGCUGUGUUGACACUGGAGGAGAGACAGGUGCUCAAAGGGAAACCUGCUUCGUCAAAUAGGGCCCGGGAGAAGAGGAACAAGAUAAUUGUCAUAAAUUCCACUCAUCAGAACGAGACGCAAGAUGAAGACAAGAAUUAUCAACUUGAAAGCAAAUGCAGCAGUGUGACGCACAGCUUCACAUCUGGAUGCAAACAUGGUGACCCUCUUGGGUGAUGUCCAUUUUUGGACUUUACGUGAUGACAUCAUCGUUAAGGAUGCUGACAUAGGAGCUUUUAGAUACCAGGACAAAAAUACUGUGUGUAAGGAGCGUAUUUACUAUGAGGACAAACGACACUAUUUGGAAGCUAGGGGUGUUAUGGUCACCCCGAAAAACAAUCGGCCCAGCAAGCUUCGAGAGGCACUACGUGAAUUAGAGGAAUUGUUAUCAAAAGAACGAGUCAUAUGGGAAGGCUGGCAAACACAUGUCUACCAAUUGAUAUUUGCCUCAGGUAUUAUUUCAACACUGACAGUGAGUCUGAACACAGGAGACCUUACCAGAAUAACAUUUGACAAGUUCUUGGUUGGGAAGCUCCUUUCAGAACAUCUUGCUGAUGUUGUGAUAACAAGACAGCAUAUGAUAUUUUCCUACAAUGAAUGCAGACUGACAGUUGUGCACUUAACUCGUCCACCACCAGAAGGUCAUAUCCUUGAGCGCCUUACUGCCACAGAUCCCAAGAUUUAUACCUGUGAAGUUGCUGGACCAUCUGGUAGAAGAUUUGAGAGGAAGCUGUCAGCAAAUCUGUCAGGGGAUAUGUUGGUGGUAUGGUGGCAGACAAGUGAAGAUGAGGUAUAUCCCUGGAGUCCUUUGGCUAAAGAUCGAGACCGGGCCAACAUUUUGGUAUAUUCUCUUCAUAGUACAAGUCUGGACCUGGUCUGCUAUUGUCGCACAGAGAUGGCCCCCCUAAGUGUAUCAUUCAGCAGGGUUCAACCUAAUGUACUUCUAACAGUAGAGCAAAGCUUUGGAAAGAAGGGGGGUGUCACUGUCCUCAGCUGUGUUUAUGAGGUGGAAAGAGGAGCUCUUCAUCGAAUCACAGUCACCACUAUCCCUCUAGAAGCCCCGUUGAUGGCCCAUUCACACAAUCCCACGGAAGAUCGUUUGUUAUUAGCAUGCAAUAAUGGUGUUUUGGCUCUUCAUUGUGACUCACGAGGAAUGACUCAUGUUACAAAAGCUGGACUUAUCCCUUGCAACAUAGCCUGGCUGGAUUCAGGCAAUAUUGUGGUGGUAAGCAAUGAACGAGGACAGAUCCAGUGUUUUGAUUUAGCAUUGUCCUUGAUUAGAAUGCAGCUGGUCAUGGAGGACAGUAAUCCCCAGAGAAUAUUGGACUUCUCAGAACAUUUCUGCCACCAGCAGUCACUUCUGAGACUUGCUUGGGCUCCAACAAAAAUAGAGGAAGAAACAAGUCAGCAUAAUAUUCCCCAUCUUCUCCUCCUCCACUAUAUACGUGGACCUUUAGCAUGCCUACGUGUGGAUGUGAGUGCUAUGUAUAAGGGUGGUUUAACUGCAGUAGCACUUGUGGCUCAGUACAUAAAACAUCGACAGUUGGAUGAGGCUGUGAAUCUCUUGGUUUCACUAAACUGGGAUCAGGAAGGACCAGUAGCUAUAAGAUGCUUGACUGCCAUUGCAAACCAUCUGUUACGGCUCCCUCUAACACACCAGAGAGAGACCCAGAUAGAAGGAGCACUUGGCAGUUUCCAUGUACCUGUUCAACCUUUGAGCCAGGCAGUUGAGGAGGAGUUUGGCCCAGCUGUCAGAGCUCUAACUAGGCGAUUUUUCUUCCGUGUCCUAAGAUCUGGAAAGCUUGAGAAAGCAUUCCGCCUUGCCCUAGAUUUGAAGGACCAUGACUGCUUCAUGGCUGUCCAUUCAGUAGCCAAGCAACGGGGUGAGAAUCAGAUUGCAGCCACAGCUCUCCAGAAUGCUCAAGACCUUGAAUCAUCUUGUUCUGCAGGGUCAUGCAGCUCAGUGCUGUAUGGAGAAUCAGAUGCCACCACUGCUUCGGAAUCAUGUAGUGAAUCAUGCUCUACAUGUUUUUCUGAUAGUGGCUCUGUCAGUGGUUCUGAUUAUAGUGAUCAUGAAAUCAGGGAAGACUGUGGUGGUGAUGGUGGACUCGAAGUGGUUACUGAACCAAAGAGUUUAAACAUUCCAGACCAUUCAUCACAAAUGCCAAUUCGGAUGCAGUACCUCUCUCUUGGCAGCAGCAUUCCUCGUGGUAAUAGUAUAGGAUCUUCUGCUAACCUUAUAGCAGACAGUGCUACUUCUGGUAUCUCUCAUGCCACUGCCAUUACAUCCCAAGAUGGCACUGUCACAAUAAAUAUACGACAACCUGAGCACCAAGUCAAUAGAUACAGUCACCAGCCAGAUUUGCCUACUGCAAGAAGUACACCACAGGCUUCAUCACAGGCAGGGAGAGGGGGGGAAAUUAGAGCUCCACAAACAGUGCGGGAGGUCUUUUAUUCCUCAGAUCCCAAUGAAGAAUUUGUUGACUCAGAGAGGGUUUCAGUUUUUGUUGACAAGGAGGACUUACAAAAGCAGUAUGAUCGAGCUAUCUUCCAUGGUUUUGGGAGCCACUUCUUGGAACCAAGAAGUGUCAACCGAGGAAGAAGAUGGGGGCACAGUCAAGGUGGUCCACUUUGGGGUGGUGUGAGGAAGUAAAUUUUAGUAUGUAACAUAUAUUUUUUUGCUUUCUUUAUUAUUUUGCAUAAACUUUAUAACAACUGUUAUGAGGUCAUUUAUUAAAUGUACAAAAAAUAGUUUUAAUAAGCUGUUGAAAUUUGAAUUAUAUAGAUGUAAAGUAGUGUUAGAUAGAUAGAAGUUAAUUAUACGGCCAGAUUUUAUAAAUGUCCAUGAGCUUCCGUGAAGUGCAUAAAAUAGAAUAAUGAUAUUUUUGCAAGGUUAACAUGUAGAUGGUUGUAUAAACACGAUUUAAUGUCACCUUUGAACUAAACUUGUUCCAGGGGACAAUAGCAGAAACCUAUUAAAUGGAUUUGUACAAAUUAAGGCUUAAUUGUCAUCCUGAAUUUUUUAUGUUAGUUUCAUAGUAUAAAUCUUUAUGCUACUAGAACCUUUGGACGUGUCCACUUACUGGUGGCUACAUAAUGCUUUCAGUCCAUUUGUUAGGCGUUAAAAUAUUAAUGAUUACACUACAGUUGCAGUUUUGAUAAUCAUGUAACUAGAUAAUGAAAAUGUAAUGAUUCUUAUUUGCUAGCAAGAUAAGCUAUUUUGUUAACUAUUUUUGUAGUUUAAUAAAUUUGAGAAUAACAA